AUGUCUCGACCAUAUUCCGACACCGUCAAAACCACCGACGAACUACAAAUCUCUCCGCCGGCGGGCUCGGUUCCCGCUACUUCCAUCCCGCUGCCGUUCUUCGACAUAUUCUGGCUAAUCGUCAAUCCCAUCCAACGGGUCUUCUUCUACAAUCUCCCAAACUGCAACGUCUCCAAAUUCCGCCAAACAAUCCUCCCCAAUCUAACUUCCUGCCUCUCCCUCGCCCUCCGUUACUUCUACCCUUUUGCUGCUCGCCUCGUCUCCCCGCCUCGACCCGGAAAGCCAUACAUCCUCUGCUCCGACGGCGACUCUGUUUCCCUCACCGUCGCCGAGACCUCUCUCGACCUCGACCAAGUCUCCACCGACCUCCCCAAUGACGCCGCCUUGCUCCACCCUCUUCUCCCCAAACUCCCUCCCGCCGAAUCGAAACCCCACGACGGCGGCGGCGGCACAACCGCCUCCCCGAUUCUCGCCGUGAAGAUCACUCUGUUCCCCAACUCUGGCGUCUGCAUCGGGUUCGAAUUCCUCCACGUGGCGGCCGACGGGUCGGCUUUCAACCAUUUCGUGAAAUCCUGGGCUUCGAUUUGCAGGUCCGGGGGAAAGGACCUGAGCUGGGUCGAGAAAUCGCCGCCGUGCCUGGAACGAUCGUUGGUCCACGACCCGAGAAAUCUGAAGGAUGUUAUCAUGGAACAAGUGUGGAAUUUCGCCGAGGCUUGGCAGGACGACGACGAGUCGCCGCCCCGAUACAGACAUUCGGGUAAGGUCCGUGCGACUUUCGUCAUUGACAGGGAAGAUAUAUCCAGGCUGAAAGCAAUGGCGAAUCGGGACAAUCGUGAAGACGGUAAACGGCUUCCGGCGGCGUCGGCAUUUGCGGUGGCGAGCGCCAUGAUAUGGACCAAUUUGAUCAAAUCCCUAGAUCUCGAAGAAGAAGAGGAAAAGGCAGGGGAUGACGUCAGCGGCGGGAAAAUCGACAGCUACGUAUUUCCGGCAGAUCUACGCGGCCGUCUCGAUCCGCAGCUCCCCGCGACCUACUUCGGCAACUGCAUCGGGAUCAAGAUAGUGUCGGUGGAGCGGAGAGACCUGCUGGGAGACGACGGAUUCGUCGUGGCGGCGAAGGCGAUCGCGGCGGGGAUUCGGGGGCUCGGAGGGGCGCUGGAAGAAGCGGAGAAAUGGGUAACUGGGUUUGGGGAAGCUUUCAAAUCUGGGAAAGUUGUGACGGUUGCCGGGUCGCCGAGGCUGCGGGUCUACGAGACGGAUUUCGGGUGGGGACGGCCGAGGAAGUCGGAGCCGGUGCAUAUUGACUCCUCCGGCGCGGUUUACUUCUCCGAUGCCAGAGAUGAGGAAAGGGGCGGGCUUGAGUUCGGGUUGGUGCUGAGAAAGGCUGAGAUGGAUGCGUUUGUGGCUUUGUUUGAGCAGCGGCUGAACCAACUACGUCAGGUUGGUCGAGGGGAUGCGACGCAAAUUGGUCUGGGAAGUUGA